AUGAAGGAAACUUUUGCAACAUUGAGGCAAUUUGGUAUGAAGUUAAACCCAAAAAAAUGCGUGUUCGGUGUUAAGUCCGGAAAAUUUUUGGGGUUCCUAGUCAGUGAAAGAGGAAUUGAUGCCAAUCCAGAAAAAGUAGAGGCCAUACUCAACCUACCAGAACCAAGAAACAUACGAGACAUCCAGAGGUUGACUGGGAAAAUGGCAGCACUCACCAGGUUCAUCAGCAAGUCCGCGGAUAAGUCUCUUCCCUUUUUCCAGGUGCUAAAGGGAAACAAAACAUUUAAAUGGGGAGAAGAGCAAGAGAAAGCAUUCAAGGAGGUGAAGAACCACUUGAAAAGCCUCCCAACCAUAGCCAGACCAGAAGUGGGGGACAUAUUACAGCUAUACAUCUCUGCCUCCAAGAAAACUGUAGCAGCAGCUCUGGUAGUCGAGAAGGAUAAAAUCCAGCAGCCAGUCUACUUUGUCAGCCACAUCCUCAACCCAGCAGAACAGAGGUACCCCCUGAUUGAAAAAAUGGCCUUUGCCAUCAUGAUAGCUGCCAGGAAAUUGAAACCAUACUUUGACGCACAUAAAGUGCAAGUGUUAACUAAUCAACCUUUAGAGAAGUCAUUGCAAAGGUUAGAUACUUCUGGUAGACUCCUGAAAUGGGGGGUGGAACUCUCAGAAUAUGACAUCGAGUACAAACCCAGAACCGCCAUAAAAGCACAGGCACUGGCAGAUUUCAUAGCAGAGGCAUCAUACGAGGAGGAGGAAGAGCCAUUGGGGACUUGGCAGAUCUCAGUAGACGGCUCCGCUGCAGUCACAGGGCCGGGUGCAGGUAUCAUAAUGGUAUCACCAGAAGGCAACGUUUUCGAAUAUGCUAUAAAAUUCAAAUUCAAAGCUUCAAAUAACGAAGCAGAGUAUGAGGCGGCAAUCGCAGGAAUCCAGAUGUGCAAAGCAGCAGAUGCUAAGAAAAUAGUGCUCAAAACCGAUUCACAGCUGGUGGCCAACCAAUAUAGAGGUGAAUAUGAAGCCAAAGAACCGUCUAUGCAGAGGUACUUGGCCUUGAUGAAAGAAGCAGUAACCCAGCUAGAAAGCUUUGAGAUUCAACUGGUUCCCAGGGCAGAGAACAGUCAAGCAGACGCCCUAUCCAAAUUAGCAAGUUCGACGCUACAGGACUUGGAAAGAACAGUGAUGGUAGAGGUCCAGGAAGAAAAGAGCAUUGACAAAAAGCCUGCAGUCAACUUCAUUGACACUGAGCCACAAUGGUAUGACAAUAUAGUCUCAUACAAGCUGGGAAGGGGCCUUCACACAGCAGAGCAAGAGCAGAAAAAAGUAAAACGAAACGAGCAUUGGUUCGUCAUUUACCAGGGUAAACUGUACAAGAAGUCCUUUUCGUUGCCUCUGCUGAGAUGUAUAUCAACAGAGGAGUCACAACGAGUCAUUGAGGAAAUACACGAGGGAAUAUGUGGAAACCACAUAGGUGGCAGGACAUUAGCCUUGAAAGCUCUCAGAGCAGAAUAUUAUUGGCCAACCAUGCCAAUCAUCAACCCCAUACCAUUCGCCCAGUGGGGAAUGGAUAUUCUGGGACCAUUCACAGCAGCAAGCGGGGGAAGAAAAUUUCUGAUCGUGGCAGUUGACUAUUUUACUAAGUGGAUUGAGGCAGAGCCCACUAAAAGCAUAACAGCCAAGCGGAUGAAGGAUUUCAUCUGGAAGAACAUUGUGACAAGGUUCAGCAUCCCAGAAAGUUUAGUCUUCGAUCAUGGAGUACAGUUCGACUGCACUCCUAUAAAGGAUUACUGCGCUGAACUAAGAAUAAAAUUCGCAUACGCAUCUGUGUGCCAUCCCCAGAGCAAUGGUCAGGCAGAGGCAGCAAAUAAACAAAUCCUGGGAGCACUGCGAAAGAAGGUAGAAGAUUUUAAGGGUGCAUGGGCCGACCUUAUUCCAGAGAUCUUGUGGUCCAACAGGACCACUGAAAAAGAAGCAACAGGAGAAAGUCCUUACAAACUAGAUUUUGGGGCUGAGGCGGUCCUGCCUGUCGAAGUGGGUCUACCUAGCUUUAGAGUGCAGUACUAUGAGGAAGGCACUAAUGAGCAGCGUAUGAGGGAAGCAUUAGAUCUCUUACCAGAAGUCAGGCUGCAAGCAGAGCUCAAGUUGGCAGCAAACAAAGAAAAAAUGAGCAGGGCAUACAACAAGAGGGUAAAGCACAGACCUAUGCAGGUGGGGGAUCUGGUCCUCAGAAGAACAGCUGCCACUGGAAAGGGAAAGGCAGAAGGAAAAUUCACUGCCAAUUGGGAAGGACCUUACCAGAUCACAAAAGAGGUAGCCCCAGGCUCGUACCAUCUAAUGACGAUGGAAGGAAGAGAAUUGAAGAACAGCUGGAACGCCAACAUGCUAAAGAAAUACUAUGUAUAG